AGGUCCUGCUGUCACCAAACUGCCACCUGACCUUUCUACAACUCCCACAGAUAUGACUACAAAGGAAACAAGAGCUCCCACAAAAAAUGCAUCAGAAGUGCCAAAUCUUUCUACAACCUCCAUGGAUCUGACUACGCAGGGAAUAAGAGAAAAAUCUCUGAGACUGGUGAAUGGAGAAGACAAAUGUCGUGGUCGCAUUGAGGUCUUUUACAAUGGACGCUGGGGAACAAUUUGCGAUGAUGGCUGGGACAUGAAUGGCGCACAAGUUGUGUGUAAGCAGCUUGCCUGUGGAGAGGCUGUCCAAGCUCUACCUAAUGCUGCGUUUGGGGAAGGAACUGGCAGCAUCUUCCUGGAUGAGCUGAAGUGCCAAGGAAAUGAAUACUCUCUUGAAGAAUGCUCCCAUAACCCUUGGGGCAUUCAUAACUGUCGCCACAAGGAAGAUGCUGGGGUCAUUUGCUCAGGUCCUGUUGUCACCACAUCAGCACCUAAAAGUGCAUUGGUAACAACAACAACCUCAUUGACUGUAAGGUUGAUGAAUGGAAAAAACAGAUGCCAGGGUCGCCUUGAAAUCUUUCACAAUGGGAACUGGGGAACGGUCUGUGAUGAUGGUUGGGACUUACCAGAUGCAAAGGUUGUAUGCAGGCAACUUGCCUGUGGAGAAGUUAUGGAAGCCACCAAUGAAGCCUAUUUUGGUCAAGGCACUGGCAACAUCCUCCUAGAAAAUGUUCAGUGCAAAGGGAAUGAAUCAUCAAUAGAAGAAUGCUCCAAUUCAGGCUGGGGAAUUCAUCACUGUAACCACAAGGAAGAUGCUGGUGUCAUUUGUUCAGAAACAGUUUCCCUUACAACAAAGAAUCCCAUUAUACUUACUCCCACAAAAAAUACAUCAAAAGUGCAAGUUCAGGCACUAACUACUCAGAAUUUAAGUAUAGACCUGUUCCUGCAGUAACCACACCAUAUCCAAUUAUU